CAUGCGCUCGUAAUCACGAAGCUGUCGAUCCAAAAUGGCGCUGUGACAAAAAUUUGAAACGACGGAUUUUCUGUCAUAUUGACCGAAAAACAGCGAAUAUCACCAACCUCUGCCAACGUAGACCGACGAUUUUCCACAAGCCCACACUCCCAAGCACGUUAUUCUGCUGGCAUCGCAUCCGCACGGACGAGAACGGGCUCUGCCCCGCUUGCAGGAAGCAAUACCCCGAGGACCCUGCGGAGUUCAAGCCCCUGUCACAGGAGGAACUGCAGAGGAUAAAGAACGAGCGAAAACAGAAGGAUCUGGCCAGGAAACAGAAGAUCUCCGAGAGCAGGAAACACCUGGCCAACGUCAGGGUGGUGCAGAAGAACCUCGUCUUCGUGGUCGGGCUGUCUCCAAGACUCGCAGAUCCAGAGGUACUGAAGAAACAUGAGUACUUUGGGAAGUUUGGGAAGAUCCACAAAGUGGUCAUCAACAACAACACAUCAUAUGCAGGUGCUCAGGGUCCUAGUGCAAGUGCGUAUGUCACGUUUGUCCGUUCGGAGGACGCGUUGCGGGCGAUACAGACGGUCAACAACGCGCACGUGGACGGGAGAACGCUGAAGGCUUCGCUGGGGACGACAAAGUACUGCAGCCACUUCCUGAAGGGUGCGCAGUGUCAGAAACCGGACUGCAUGUACCUACACGAGCUGGGGGACGAGGCUGCCAGCUUCACCAAAGAAGACAUGCAGAUGGGAAAACAUCAGGAGUACGAACAGAAGUUACUGGAGGAUCUGUACAGGAGUCAGUCAGGCCAGCUCGGUACGGCCACUCCCGCAGCAACACCAUCAGUCGAGAAAAACAGAUUAAACAACACAGAGAAAAGUAAAGCCAACGCAACGGCCCUCCCUAGGAAAAUAUCCCCCUCCCCUCCCACGGUACAACCCACGAAAGGCGGACCCGCAAAAGAUCCCUGGCCAACGUUACAACAGACCAACAAACCCAACGACAGAGUCAUAGGCAGCAGUGCAAAUGGAAUAGGCGGGGGGCAGCAAGCAGCCAAUCAGAAACCUCCAGACAUCCUCAGACUCCAGUCCGACAGCCAAUCAAACGACCCGUUCCACAGCAACUCCAAAGAGAUUUUACCCCCCUCCUCCACCUCCCCCCUCACACCCCCCAAGCUGGGAAGCCCCACACAGAAUUCUACACAUUUCAAGAAUCCGUUUGAAAUCGGCGACCUCUCGCAGUCCCUGUUCUCUCACAACGACUUCCGCAGAAUAUCGGCGGUGCCUCCCCAGCCGCCCCAGGCCGUGGUGCCACCACACAUCCCGCCCAUCGAGCCCCCUGCCGACCAGCAAGGCCUCGGUCUCUCCAACGACAGUCUUCCAGUGGAAAGCACGGACACUGAUUGGCAGGCCGCCUUCGGGUUUGGAACAUCGAGCAAACAGGAGGACGACCUGGGAUUCGACCCUUGGGAUGAAUCCGCGAAGGCGCUGGCGGAUCUCAUGGAGAAAGAGCUGAAAACGGAGGCUGGCGGCGGCAGGGACGAAUUCUCCCGCGGCAGGGACGCGCUGCACCAGUCGAUGCCAAACCAUUUUCAGCAGCACUACAACAACCCUUCACAGUUGCCGCCGGCAACGUCCCAGCUCCCGCCCCGUUACCAGGCCAACCAGGCCCCGCCCUUCAACAGCAUGGCGGGCUCCAGAAUGCCAUUCAUGGGGAACUUCGCUCCGGAGGCCUCGGCGCAGAACAGCGCGCCUUGGAUGCAGUAUCCGCAACCAGGCCUGCCCGGAUUCAACCCAGGGUUUUUCGAUAACUUCGGGAACGUUAACGGUCCCACGCUGGUUAGACCCCCGGGGUUCGGACUGUCGCGGGAUAAUGCUUCGAUGAACUCGGACAUUGAUAUGAAAGACUGGCAGGAGGGUUUGAGAUCGUUGCUGCCAAACAUAAAUAUCCACUUUGGUCCACCGAUGCCGCCACAGGGUAGCAAUUCACCUCCGCUUCCCCACCUCCAACCACAACAACACAACCUUCUCCCCUCACAUAAAUGGCCACCAUCACAGUUGCAAAGACAGCCCAUGCCCCCACCCCAACAACAACAGCCCCCACCCCAACAACAACAACAGCCACCACCACAACAACAGUCAGUUUCACAGCAGCCUCCGUUUUGGUUACCCGACCCGGCCAUCAUCACGUGCACUCCAACCAACCCCUCCAACUCCGUAGAAAACAGCACCGGCUUGUCAGAAAGUCCGCCACACUGGAUGAAGUCCCUACAGGCGCUCACAGAAAUGGAUUCGCCCACAACGCCACACACACCCUUCAUGGCACAACAACAACAACAACAACAACAACAGCAGCAGCAGCAGCCACACUUUCCAUUCAGAGGUCCCACAUGGCCAACACAAGCUCCCCCGCCAGGAUUCCAGCCACAGAACAGACCACCAGCCAAGCCCACAGAAGUACCGCAGACCAGCUCAUUGGACUCACACUGACAACAGAACAGUUGCUGUCCUCACACACACCAUUCUUCCUACCUACAUACAUCUGCAUGAUUUCAGUUUUCGCUACCAUGGAAUGAAUUCUACGGAGGAAGGUAACAUGAGCUUCGUCUGCAUGAUCAUCACGUUUCGCUGCCUACAAAACCUGCAUGUUGUGACAGACUAUGUUCCUUGUGCUGCGGAAAAGAAGGGUUUGUGAACCGUUGUGGAAAAACGAGACAGAGAGAGAGAGAGACUUUUCAGCCAGUUUAUGGAUGAAAAACAUGAACCUAUCCAACCCAAGGACUGGAUUAAACCUUUUCCCCAAUGCUGCUUCUGUGUUAUGUGGAAAAAAAAACAGCAACAAAAGAAGUACAUGUUACAAUAAGUUGGGACUCAUCUUCUUUUAGGUCUGUAUGUAGUGCAUUUUUCACUGUACUGCUAGGGGCAGUAUCCUCAAUUAACUGUGCAUCUCUGUGGUUAACUGCAUUUCUGUAAACUGUGAUUUCAAGAUACUGUAAGCUUGCACCUCUGUACCAAUAUGCCUUUCUGAUAAAUGGAUGCUAUGGAAUGCUCCAUUCCUAUAUUGAGGCUGUCUUCACAUGUCUUCAUUUGGUCAGAAACCAUAAAACCACAAAUUGCCAAAAAUGAAAGCAUCUUUCAUUUUGCAGUUACCAUCCGGUUUUCAAACAAAAUGAAACAUACUGCCUGUUCAUACAAGGUGCAGAUCAAUUACCAAAAGUAUGUUAGUUUUUUUAUUUCAAAUUUGUGCUCAUUGUAGAAGAUGAGGCGAAUUUGACUCUUACUUUGUGUCCUUGCGUACUGUACAAGUUUCUUAUCGUUCCGAAUUUGAUGUCCCCUCAAAAUUACGAAAAAGGCAUACUGGUGUUAUGAGGUUCAUGUCUGGUUAGGAAAAACACAGGGUAGAUGCUGCUUAUUUGAUCAGAACUUACAGAACACUAUGCAAAUGCACCGUACCUUGUCUUACUACACUGUAUAUUCAAGAUGAGCAAAUUUAUUACUAUAAUAUUAGGUUUACUGUGAGUGGAGUUUUGAGGUUUUAGAAAAUGUCGUUAUCAGCCGUUCUUUGCAAUGAAUUGAAAUAGACAUCAGCAUGAUCUAUUGUUUGGACAAGAAUGGAGUAUACUGAACAGGUUCAAAUUGUGCUGCAGAUGCAGUAGGUAGAAGUGUGAUUUGGGGAAGGGAAGCAGGCAGGCAAAAUCUAUAUUUCAUUGUGAAGAAAACCAUCUAUUGUAAUACCACAAUUUAUAGACAGAAAAUGAUGGACUACCCUUGAUGAUCGAGUAAGUACGUUUUUCAAACAGAUGACACGAUACUUUGUUACAAGUUCGAGAAAGGUUUUUAAUUUUCCAGUUAUGCUGAGAUACAAGUCAAGUGGGAAAUAAUGGACAGUAAAGAAGAAUGUCAGUCUUGGUCCCUGUAAAGUUUCUCAAUGAAUUUUCUGUGGGCACUAUUGGGUUCCCAAAUACUGUGUUAAACUCCACUCACAGUAAAUGUUUAUAGAUGAAUUUGCAUAUCUUGAGUGCACUGCUGGUAUAAAGUCAUGUUUAGAGUUUUGUAACAGAAACUGGAACACUUUCUGUAUGGUGUUUAACUCCGAUUGGUCACUUUUUCAACAUUUGGUUUUUAAAACUUUGUCUUAAAAGUUGCAACAUCUCAAAAGUUCUGUCCAAAAAGUUUAUUUCAUCUUUUUCAAGAAUAUCUUAAGAUUACCAUCCCUUCUUCUAAGGAGUGCAAUUGAAUUUAUAUCAGCAUCAUGUAAUCUCUUCUUUGACUAAUCUGUUUCAUAGAAAAAAUGUAGUUGCCAUGGCAGAAUAGUUUGGCCAAUCAGAGUGCACUUUGACAUUGGUUGCCUUGACAACAUGUUCUGACCAAUCAAAGUGCAAGCUGAAGAUCACCCGAUAAGAUGCCAUGGCGACAUGAGUAAUACAUUGCAAAACAAGUGGACACAGGAUCCAAAAAUUUGUAGGUUGAAUCUAAAGUCUUUGUUCUGUUGAAAUGAAGGACAAUCCCUGUAGCUGCAGCUUUCAUAUUGGUUGUGAAGUAAUGUCACGAACAAACUAUGGUCUUAGCAAGGUUUUGCCUAUUGGUUUUCUACUUUUAGUACUGUAUAUGUAAUCACUUUGAUUGUGGCACUCAAUGUGAAAUGUAGUAGUAUAGUAUGCAGAACAUUACAGUGCACACUCAAUUCAAGGACCACAAGUGAUGGUGGAUGUUGCCUUAGAGCUAUUCCUCUUGGCUGCGAGGAACAUUUCUGUAAGACAAAGGCAUCAUUCUCAAGUCAAGAAUAUAUCCUCAUUUCACAUAUGGUGGUAGGCCCUGAUGUUGAGUGCACACUGUAUGGCUUAGACUUGGAGUCCUCUGUAAGGGCAUGGGCACAUGUACACUUGUUGGAUAAGCCAACAUUUUUCUAUACUGGUAGUGAGUGUCUAUUCUUUACUAGAUCCAAUGUAGUUACCUACCACUUGCAUGUGGUGUGUGAAAGAAAAGAACAAAAACACUUGCUUCGUAGUCAUUGUAGUGUUGAGAGGAAGGCAUAUACUCUGAUUUCAUGCACGGCAGUACUUUAGUCAGGCCUUCUGAUUAAUGCAUAGAGAAAAAAUGUUUGUGCAAAAACCGAAAAGAAAACUUUUUAAGAAUCAUCGUCAUCCAUUAGCAGUUGUAUCUCACGCUGAUCUACCACUUCAUACCAUACUGCUAAGGAUUGUUAUUUGUUUGUAUCGUAUACAUAGAAAAGACAAAGUAUGUAUUUAAUGUUACAAUAACUAUUAUAGAUAUAAAUGCGUUAGUAGUCCAGGAUUCCACUACCUUAGUGAGCAUCGUUUAGAAAGAAACUGUAUGUUGGUAAUAGUGUCCGAAGUGUGCUGUAUAGCUACUAGGUAACUUCCUUAAUAUUUAGGUGCCCCUGCCUUGCUUGAAAGGACUCUUAGUCUUACUGCAUUCUUGAAAUAUGUUCUUGUAGCAUUGUUUCUCAUCCUUUGUAUGCUUUAAGGUUUACUCUUAUUUCCUGGCAGCUGCCAAACGAUUCAAGCCAUGUCCCAAAAGUUGAAUAGCAAAAAAACGGCAGAAAAAUGUACAACAGAAGCAAAGAAGGUUCUUUCCUGUCCUUGGGUUGGAUUGGGAAAAGUAAUGACAUGUAAGAACGUAUUGAGAAUAAAGAAACAAAUGGUUACCUGA